GAAUCUACCAGGAAAUUAAGCUCCAUCUCCGUUUUCUCCAUUGUUCAUUGAUUAUUUCGGUGGAAAGUCAAGGUCAGGGGUCCGUUUACUAUACCACUUUCCAGUCGAUUAAAUAGCGCACUCAAAUACAAUACACACCAUACAACUACCACUGCCAAAAUUUGAUCUUUGCAGAUUGGCUUUCUGCAACUUUUCAAUCAAUCCUUGCUAAAAAUCUCUCUGGAAACCGAAACUUGCUGUUUACGAAUUGAUCUUGCUAGUUGAACUUCUCAAUCUUUCUGCAAUUUGUUGUUUCUUAAUUAGAGGUUAUGAAUAUGGCUGCUUCUUCUUCUACGGCUGCUGAUGUUCUCCCUCAACAAAAGUAUGAUCUCUUUCUUAGUUUCAGAGGUGAGGCCCGUCUUAAAUUUAUCAGCCAUCUCUAUGCUGCUUUGAAGCGGAAACAAAUCCUUACCUACAUGGAUGAUAAGUCGCUUGAGAGUGGAGAUGAAAUUGGACCUGCCUUAUCGACAGCAAUCGAGCAAUCCAAGCUUUCGAUAAUCAUUUUCUCAAAACACUAUGCUUCUUCUCGAUGGUGCUUAGAUGAACUUGUGCAUAUACUAAAAUGUAAAGAAGCAUAUGGACAGCUUGUUGUACCCGUUUUCUAUGACAUUGAUCCUUCAGAUGUACGGCAGCAGAAACGGACUUAUGCAGAUGCAUUUGCAGUUCUUGAAGAGAGAUUCAAAGACAAAAAAGGGACAAGGUGUGCAAGUGGAGAAAUGCUCUCACAACAGCAGCCAAUUGUUGAUGUCAUAAUUUGGUUCGACAAAUACUUUUGACUUUUCAACCCACUCCACGUAGGACGCGUUGAAAUGUCAAAGAGUCCACGCAAGACUCUGACCUUUCAACGCACUUAAACCUUUCAUCGAGAAAGAAAAGAUAACCCUAAGAUGGAAAUAAUCAUGACUAGUGAGAUGCCUCACUUUGGUACUCCAAGUCUUCGACCUUGGAUCUCCAUCUCUUAAGUCUUGGACGGUCGCCAUGUGAUUGACUCACCAUCUUGGAUGGCAAGGCAAAAGCAUAUCACGACCUCACUACUAGAAUAGCACAGUCCAAAGGAACCAAGAGUCUCAACCCCCAAGACCAAGAGUUCGACCCCCAAGCUUAGAAGCAUCGACCUCUAAGGAUCAUGACCACGAGCUCCAAGGCUAAAGCCUCGACCUCCAAGCUCACGCACAUGUAAUCGUCAUGAUGAGACAUGGAGCACCAAUCAAAGCAAAAUCUCACCAACCAUGCCACCUGUCAAGUUCCGACAUAAGGCAUGGCCUAAGAGUAAUUCCAGGAAAAGGGGAAGCUUGGGUAGGCGACACUUGUCUCUGACCCUUCACCAACCAUAUCGGACCACAUCGUGGUGACACCUGUCACGUACCAACUCUGCCAGCCCAUCCCGGAGUGUCAGUAGGCAGAGAGUGGGAGGCUGACACCCCGAUUUUAUGGGAUUGAGCCAUGCCUUUCCCUUUCCACGUCAACUCUCUUCUCCUAUAAAUACCCAGCCUUCACAAGGCUGAAGGGGGGACUUCAACUCUCUCUUCUCUCCGAAAGCUAUGCCAAAAUGCAUAGUCCUUUCCAUAGAGCUCCGCCAACUCGAGGUGGUGGAAGCCCAACAUCAGGUGGAGGAAGCCCGACGUGAGGCCAUCAGUUCCACCCAAGAAAGGAGCUUGGAAGCCCAACAUCAGGUGGAUGAAUCCCGACGUGAGGCCAUCAGUUCCACCCAAGAAAGGAGCUUGGAAGCCCAGCAUCAGGUGAAGGAAGUCCGAGGCGAGACUAUCAGUUUCACCCAACAAGGAGCUUGGAAGCCCGACAUCAGGUGGAGGAAGCCCGGCGUGAGGCCAUCAGUUCCACCCAAGAAAGGAGCUUGGAAGCCCAGCAUCAGGUGAAGGAAGUCUGAGGCGAGACUAUCAGUUUCACCCAACAAGGAGCCUGGAAGCCCAACAUCAGGUGGAGGACGCCUGACGUGAGGCCAUCAGUUCCACCCAAGAAAGGAGCUUGGAAGCCCAACAUCAGGUGGAGGAAUCCCGACGUGAGGCCAUCAGUUCCACCCAAGAAAGGCGCUUGGAAGCCCAGCAUCAGGUGAAGGAAGUCCGAGGCGAGACUAUCAGUUUCACCCAACAAGGAGCUUGGAAGCCCAACAUCAGGUGGAGGAAGCCCGACGUGAGGCCAUCAGUUCCACCCAAGAAAGGAGCUUGGAAGCCCAGCAUCAGGUGAAGGAAGUCUGAGGCGAGACUAUCAGUUUCACCCAACAAGGAGCUUGGAAGCCCAACAUCAGGUGGAGGACGCCCGACGUGAGGCCAUCAGUUCCACCCAAGAAAAGAGCUUGGAAGCCCAGCAUCAGGUGAAGGAAGUCCGAGACGAGACUACCAGUUCCACCAAACAAGGUAGCUUGGAGACCCAACAUCAGGUGAAGGAAGCCCGAGGCCAUACCUUCAGUCACAAGUAGACGACCAGGGCUACUCACGUAGUCAAACUAAUCGAAGGGAAAGAUAAGCCCACUUGAAGAAAACAACCCCACCACUUUACACUUGGAUUUCAAUCGAACUUCCGUUGACUCGUUGAUGCCGAAAUUGGCACCAACAAAUGGCGCCGUCUGUGGGAACCUUGAACGCUUGGCGCGUGUUCACUGGUUUAGUUAAGAAGGAAGCGCGUAGUAUGCCGGAAAGACCUUCAAUGUCUAGAGCCUUACCUACGACUACGAAUGAAAGAUGAAACAAUGACAAAUUGGGCAAGGGUGGACAUCCACCUACGAGGAGGAGCACAAGGUCGAGUAUACCAUGCUUGCAAGGAAUAGAGGAGAAGUCCGCCAACCCUUACCACUACAGACCUCGGCUUCCACCUUCUACACUAACCGGAGGGUGGACACUCAAUGUUCAUAUCUACAAAUCUUUGUCCAUAUGUCUCUAUUUGACGGAAGAUAGCCCACUCUUGAACAUGAUGUUGUCAUAUGUGUACUCCCCCCAACAUGCCACUGAUGAGGAGACCAAGGGUGACCAACGUCGCAAAGACAAACACUUUGAUGGUUUGGCGAACACGAGGCAACCAUCACCACCCAAGGCUGAUGAACGCAAUUAAUCCUCAUAUCACCCCUGCUAAUCAUUAUUAUCACUGGAUGGUGACGAGCGGAUUAUCAUCGUUGGAGCGCCAUCACUAGAAUUCAAGCCGGGAACUGAUGAUCAAACAAAGUUUGUAGAUUUGAUGAAUGGUGUAGUCAGGAGAUUCACGCAAAGAUCACGCACGCUACCUGACACGGAGAAUCUUUCUACUAGAAAUCCAGCAACGGCCCUACCUUCAACAUCCAGGUCAUUAGAUGAUAGCUCACAAGGACGCGUAGGAACCUCCGACGCAUAGUCAAUGACGAGCAACUUCAAUUCUCGUGACAUUGUGCGACCACCACUCGAUGAAGUAGCAACCUUGGAUCGAAUUAGAGGCCUCGAACCUCCAACGCCUGGCAGCCCAGGACACUGGCGUAAUAGGAGAGAGUUGUAAAAGCUUUGGAGUCGCUAGGAAGAGUGAAAAAGUUAACGCCAAAUGCCUGACGACAAGACCACUUGCCCAUCAAAGACGAAGGACUCAAAUCCACUCAUGCUAGAAAUCAUUCACCGUUGUUGUCAUAAGAAGUAUCGAGAUGCAUGAUAGGCGACGUCUCGCUAUCCACAAUCCACUACUCUGAUUGACGUUGGUAUUCAACAAGCUUGGAGCUCCAUCGCCAAUUACCACCAUCAUACGAAGGUGGGAGAGACUUUAGCUCACAGUUGUAACAUGUAGCUAAAGGAUGCACAUGCCCAAUGCUUCAUCAAUGCUGAUAUGCUUGAACCACGAUGCUCGCAUGCCACGAAGAUUCAAUUGACUCUUAAGAACAGACGUGAUUUGGCCUUACCCUCCACCUUCAUUGGCAACUCAGCAUCCACCAACUGAUCAUGUUUCAAUGCUCGGAUAAUCUUGAAAUUUGGAGUUGCUGGAGUACCGCCGCAUGAGUCGAAUUCAUAGACGGGUUUACGAGUCUUUCAUGCAUGGCGAAAAUACCCAUUCACCAAUAUGGCGAAAAAUCAGUGGCUAGGAGAGCCAACCCCAGAAGAAGGAAGAGCUUUCAACCCACCAUCUUAUUGCCCUUAGACCUGCACUCCCAUCGAAAAAGUCUCGACGUGCCACUACUGAACCCUUUUGUUGCCAAAGGCCUGCAUCAAGAAAGUGCCCACAUGGAGACACCGUCCGGAACAAGUCACAUUCAAAGGAGCGAGCUACACCUCAAACGGUACACCCUACUCUAAAUUACUUAUUUGUCUUAUCAUAAAGCAUGAUCACAUGCACCAUUAUAUCCUCUUUAAAGAUUUCCUUGAUAUGCCAAGAGUGAUGAAUCUUCGAACAUCAAUAGGAAUAUGUUAGCCCUAGAUAGUUGGGGGCUCAAUUCUAUUAUGUAUUGAUUUUUACAUCUUAUAUGGCGUUCUAUGUAUCUACUAUAUGUGUCUAUACUAUUUGCAUGUUAUAAAUCAUGUUGAGAUCGGAAUUUGCAUAAACGAAUUAGCUUGAAAAUAUAUCCAUCUAUUCAACAAUUCGGCAAAGACCCCCGUGCUAAGCAUAUGACUAAUUAACUCUGGUUACAUCAGCUCAUUACUGUUGAACCUGUGUCAAUGCCCAGACGCGGACCAAGUGGGGUACCAGUUCCACAAAUCUAUCUAUAUAUAAACUCCUAGAAGUUUAUUGGAACACAAAGGUAUAGCUAUCUCAAUAGAAGUCCAUCUAAGAUAAAUAUAGUAGUAGUUUGUAUAAUAGACAUCCUUGCUAUUCCAACACCCCAAGGAUUUGAGCCACCGGAUGAAAGAGUCUCGCUAGCCGAGACCAAUUCACAGAGUGCCUUCAAGGUCUAACCCACUUGAGCCACCGAUGAAAGAGUCUCGCUAGCCGAGACCAAUUCACAGAGUGCCCUCAAGGUCCAGCUCACUUGAGUCACAGGUGAGCAAGUCUUAACAACUGAGACUAACACACAUAGUGCACUCGAGGUCCAACUCACUUGAGUCGCCAGGUGAGAGAGUCUUAAUGGCCGAAACUCGCAACGAACACUUGAGGUCGGUUGACUCUCAACCACCAUGACCACCAGUUGUGAGACUUUUAGAUCGAACAAUAGUUAGAGGUCUUACACUCCCUUAUAAAUUAUGCUAAUAGUUUAGUUAUGGCAAAGGUAGGGACAAUGCACUUAUGUGCUAAAUUAGAGCCAAUAGUUAAAGCUCAAAGGGAAACAAAAGGAAGUCAUUUAACCUAUCCUCACCCUUGUCAAGGAUGUUACCCUUCUCUCUAUUGGAGAUCAAUCACAAUGAGUUCCGUCUCCUACCGUGGACCUUCGACAUUCAAGGUUAUCAUCACCCCUAGUCAAGGAUGUCGUCUUCAUCCACUUAGGACCUCCGUAGUUCAAUCUUCAAACUACCAUAGUGAUGACCUAUCACAUAUAGAACUCACCCCCACACAAUAAGGUUAACUUUUUCACUCUUGGCCUUUCACUAAUGACCACCUAGUCGAGCUUAAUUCACCAAAUUCUUCCUUAUUGAGUUCCCUACCCAACAUAGGCCUUGGCUGGCCAGGGAACUGGGGGCUUGUUGAUGUCAUAAUUUGGUUCGACAAAUACUUUUAACUUUUCAACCCACUCCACGUAGGAUGCGUUGAAAUGUCAAAGAGUCCACGCAAGACUCUGACCUUUCAACGCACUUAAACCUUUCAUCGAGAAAGAAAAGAUAACCCUAAGAUGGAAAUAAUCAUGACUAGUGAGAUGCCUCACUUUGGUACUCCAAGUCUUCGACCUUGGAUCUCCACCUCUUAAGUCUUGGACGGUCGCCAUGUGAUUGACUCACCAUCUUGGAUGGCAAGGCAAAAGCAUAUCACGACCUCACUACUAGAAUAGCACAGUCCAAAGGAACCAAGAGUCUCAACCCCCAAGACCAAGAGUUCGACCCCCAAGCUUAGAAGCAUCGACCUCUAAGGAUCAUGACCACGAGCUCCAAGGCUAAAGCCUCGACCUCCAAGCUCACGCACAUGUAAUCGUCAUGAUGAGACAUGGAGCACCAAUCAAAGCAAAAUCUCACCAACCAUGCCACCUGUCAAGUUCCGACAUAAGGCAUGGCCUAAGAGUAAUUCCAGGAAAAAGGGAAGCUUGGAUAGGCGACACUUGUCUCUGACCCUUCACCAACCAUAUCGGACCACAUCGUGGUGACACCUGUCACGUACCAACUCUGCCAGCCCAUCCCAGAGUGUCAGUAGGCAGAGAGUGGGAGGCUGACACCCCGAUUUUAUGGGAUUGAGCCAUGCCUUUCCCUUUCCACAUCAACUCUCUUCUCCUAUAAAUGCCCAGCCUUCACAAGGCUGAAGGGGGGACUUCAACUCUCUCUUCUCUCCGAAAGCUAUGCCAAAAUGCAUAGUCCUUUCCAUAGAGCUCCGCCAACUCGAGGUGGUGGAAGCCUAACAUCAGGUAGAGGAAGCUCGACGUGAGGCCAUCAGUUCCACCCAAGAAAGGAGCUUGGAAGCCCAACAUCAGGUGGAGGAAUCCCGACGUGAGGCCAUCAGUUCCACCCAAGAAAGGAGCUUGGAAGCCCAGCAUCAGGUGAAGGAAGUCCGAGGCGAGACUAUCAGUUUCACCCAACAAUGAGCUUGGAAGCCCGACAUCAGGUGGAGGAAGCCCGACGUGAGGCCAUCAGUUCCACCCAAGAAAGGAGCUUGGAAGCCCAGCAUCAGGUGAAGGAAGUCCGAGGCGAGACUAUCAGUUUCACCCAACAAGGAGCUUGGAAGCCCAACAUCAGGUGAAGGACGCCUGACGUGAGGCCAUCAGUUCCACCCAAGAAAGGAGCUUGGAAGCCCAACAUCAGGUGGAGGAAUCCCGACGUGAGGCCAUCAGUUCCACCCAAGAAAGGAGCUUGGAAGCCCAGCAUCAGGUGAAGGAAGUCUGAGGCGAGACUAUCAGUUUCACCCAACAAGGAGCUUGGAAGCCCAACAUCAGGUGGAGGAAGCCCGACGUGAGGCCAUCAGUUCCACCCAAGAAAGGAGCUUGGAAGCCCAGCAUCAGGUGAAGGAAGUCCGAGGCGAGACUAUCAGUUUCACCCAACAAGGAGCUUGGAAGCCCAACAUCAGGUGGAGGAAGCCCGACGUGAGGCCAUCAGUUCCACCCAAGAAAGGAGCUUGGAAGCCCAGCAUCAGGUGAAGGAAGUCCGAGACGAGACUACCAGUUCCACCAAACAAGGUAGCUUGGAGACCCAACAUCAGGUGAAGGAAGCCCGAGGCCAUACCUUCAGUAACAAGUGGACGACCAGGGCUACUCACGUAGUCAAACUAAUCGAAGGGAAAGAUAGGCCCACUUGAAGAAAACAACCCCACCACUUUACACUUGGAUUUCAACCGAAUUUCCGUUGACUCGUUGAUGCCGAAAUUGGCACCAACACCAAUCUUUCUGGGUUUGAUUCACAAUCACAAAAUAUCAAGUAAUUAACUUUAUAACUUCAUUUUGUAGUAGUUUCUACGAGUCACAAAAUAUCUAGGUUUCAUUCAUAGAAGAAUAGUAAUAUCGCUACAUGCUAACUCUUUGAUCGAUUUUUAUCUUGAUCCAUAUAUAUCAGGCAUGAGUAUGAACUAGUUGAGGCAAUUGUCGAGGAUAUUUUGACGAAACUGAAUCGAAACUUGUCAUAUGCUGCAAAGGGCCUGUUUGGGAUGGAUAAGCACAUUCAUCAACUUGAGUUGUUAUUAUGCAUUCCUGCACAAGAUGUUUGCUUUCGCAGAGUAGUUAUUUGGGGUAUGGCUGGUUGUGGUAAGACCACCCUUGCUGAUGUUGUAUUUCACCGAAACUCAUCUAGAUUCCAUGCUUGUGUGUUUUUAGCAGAUGUUAGGGAAGAAUCAAAGAAACAUGGACUAUAUCAUUUGCGAGAUAAACUUCUUCGUAAGCUGUUAAAGGAAGAACAUUUAAGUAUUGACUCUCCAUCCAUAGACCCUUAUGUUAUAGAUAGACUUUCUCGUACAAAGGUCCUUGCAGUUCUUGAUGAUGUGAGUGAGUUAAGGCAAUUAGAAUUUUUACUUGAUCAAGUUCAGUUUGGCCCUGGAAGUAGAAUUAUUAUAACAACGAGAGAUAGGUGCCUAUUGAAGGAUCAUAUCUACAAGAUGAGUGAGUUGUCUGUUGCUGAAGCUCGUCUGCUCUUCCAAUCAAUUACUUUUAAAGAUGACUCUUCUAUAAAAGAUUAUUCAACCUUGUCAAAAAAAGUGGUCGAUUAUGCUGGAUGCAAUCCAUUAGUUGUUAAAGUUUUGGCUUCCUCAUUCCGUCACUGCAAUAAUAAAGAAGCCUGGGAAGAGGAAUUGAAAAAAUUGAAAAAAUUUCCUAACGAAAAGAUACAGGAUGUGUUGAGAUUGAGUUAUGAUGGAUUAGAAGCAAAUGAGAAGGGGAUAUUUCUUGAUAUUGCCUGUUUUCUCAAAGGGGAGAAUAUAUGUGAUGCAAAAAGAAUUUUGGAAAUGCUUGGGUUCUUUCCAUCGUCGGGAAUUGAACUUCUCAAAGAUAUGUCUCUUAUAUCGAUCAAAAACAACCGCAUAGCGAUGCAUGAUUUGCUGCAGGAAAUGGGAAGGGCAAUUGCUGGUAGUAUUGAAGAACUUGGAAAACGCAAAAGAUUGUGGAAUGCUAAGGAUGGCUAUCAUGUAUUGCAUAAUGAAACAGGAACUUCAAAAGUUGAAGAACUUGAAGCCAUAUACCUUGACAUGUCUAAGAUUCCAGAGUUACAAUUGAGUCCUACAGCCUUCAAGAAUAUGCACAAACUAAAGUUGCUAAAAUUUUAUGUACCACAUUCGGGAUGGAUACGUCAGAAAAGAUGGACUGUCAAGGAGAAGCAGCCGAGCCCAUUUCCUUGGCUUCCUAGGGUCGGAGCAUUUCUGUGUUUCCUUGCCAAAUCAAGGAUCUGGGGAUUGCUAGAUUCAUACAACAAGGUUGUGAUUAUGAUGAUGAAGUUUUCAGGAAGUUCUGGAAAGUACACUUUCCUAGAGGUCUCGAGUCUCUGCCUGAAGAGCUCAGAUAUCUCUAUUGGGAUGGAUACCCUUGGAAAUCUUUGCCAUCAAAAUAUUUUCCUGAACAGCUUGUUGAGAUUCAUAUGCCCCAUAGCCAAGUUAAGCAACUUUGGAAUAAUGGCCAGAAUCUUGGGAGCUUAAAACAGUUAAAUCUUAAUUGGUCCCAACACCUGAUUGAAGUUCCAGAUCUCUCUAGUAGUCCAAAUAUUGAAAGGAUCGAUCUAAGUUGGUGUAAAAGAUUGGUUGAAGUUCCUUCAUAUUUUCAAAAUCUUGAGAAUCUUAC